CUCAUACCGACGGCGGCUGUGCUUCCACAACAACAACAACAAACAACACCAACGUCACAUUCCACGCCUACUAAUGCGGUUAUGUAUGAAGAACCCUCUCCAGUGCCAAUUGCUUCUGUGCAACAGCAACAACAACAGCAACAUCUCCUGCCCACUCAACAGCAUCAACAGCAGCUCGCAGCUACACCAGUUGGUGGUGCCCACAGUCCUUCCCAAACACCUUCAGGUGCCCAACCUCAAACACAGCAACAUCUCACCUCUCCACACCACCAACAGCAACAACAACAACAACAGCAGCAAGCGAAUAGUGUGCCUCCUGGUGCGUCUGCGAACCUCCAGCAACAACAACAACAACAACAACAAAACUCAGCAGUGGCGUCCGCCCAAACGCAGAUUGUUGCGCCGUCAACGGCGAGUGUUUCCCCCUCCAGUGUUAGUUCCCAACCCCCAGACAUGUCAUUGUUAGCACCUCUGCACAUACCCGCGAUCCGACCUGGUUUUGAAGCUGACGCGACGGCAGCAGUUAAAAGACAUCCUCAUCCUUGGGCUUACGAUGGUGAUGGCUUCAGUUCACAAUAUCACGCAUCACAAUACUUUCUAGAUCGAGACCGAAAGCCGGUUUUUUAUGGUUACCCCGAGACGCAAUAUCAGCCGUAUUGGAAUUAUCGGGAACAACCUACACCCGCUGCAGCGGCCUACAUGAGCGCUAGUGAUGAACGGCAUGCUGUCGCAGCUGCUGCCCGCCAAUCCGUCGAGGGCACUUCGCAGUCUAGUUAUGAAACGCCAACGUAUUCUUCGCCAAGCGGGCUGCGUGGGUACCCAAGUGAAGCUUAUUCAAGUUCAGGUGGUACAGCUGGAAUUUCUGUUGGUACGGUUGGGCCUUGUACUCCCACCAAUGCCCUACAUGAAUGGACUGGACAAGCUUCGGUGCGGAAAAAGCGUAAGCCCUACUCCAAAUUUCAAACUCUUGAAUUGGAGAAGGAGUUCCUUUACAACGCUUACGUCUCCAAACAAAAACGUUGGGAGCUAGCAAGAAACUUAAAUCUUACUGAACGGCAGGUAAAAAUUUGGUUUCAAAAUCGUCGUAUGAAAAAUAAAAAGAAUUCACAACGUCAAGCCUCCCAACAGAAUAACAAUAACAGCGCCAAUAGUAAUCAUAACCAUGCGCAAGCGACGCAACAGCAUCACAAUACUCAUCAUAUGAAUUUGGGUUUGAGCAUGGGGCAUCAUACGGCUAAAAUGCAUCAGUGACCUUUGGACAACAGCAGUGCCAGCGCCAUGGGCUUCCCCACCUACUAGCAUUUGGUGAACAUAAAAACCGAAAUGCAGCCAGAAUUUCUGUAAAUGACAAUUUCAACCUACAUAUUCAUAUACAUCAAAAUAUUGCCAUAAUUAAAGUUCAGAAAUCUUAUUAUGGAUCAACAGUAAUCAAAGAAUUACCUGUUUAAACCUUAAUUGCAAAGAAAUKAUUGUAAUUAAAGAUCUUAUUUGUGUUCAUAUUAUUUUAUAUUUUUCUAUUUAACAUUACGCAAUGUUGGCUUAAAUUUCUGUGUAUUCAAACCUUUUUCCCAGUGUAAUUUCUGAUAAGGGAGUGUUGCAAUCCAUUGUUUAUUAUUUGAAGUUUUAAAUAACUUUUGCUURGUUUAAACAGAAUAAAUUUCAUUAUUUUGAUCACUAAGAUGUUUUUACGUUCAAGUACAAGAUAUUAGAGAUAGUAAGAAUACAAUAUUGGUAAAUAAUGGUAAGCAAGCCCAGUAAUUUGAAUAAUUUACAAUAUCAUAAGCAAUAAAUUGUUUGCAGGUUGUUAGGCUGAUGUUCACUUAUUGCAUGCAAAUAUUAAAGUAUGCAAUUUAUAAAGACAUKAUAGAGGCACUGCUACAGUCAAAGUAACGUUUGAGGUAGACUAUAAAUACUAAUAAAUAUCUUAAAUAUAUUUAACUUAAACUACAUUUAAAAUAAUAAUUAAGUAAUUUAUAUGUAAUGUGGAAGUGUAGUGGAAUAGUUGGCUCUUAAAAAGGAUGUAUAAAAGAUUUGUCAAAUUCUCAUAAAAACCUAUUUAAUAUAUGUAUCUUAACAAAUAUAUGAUUAAACAACAAUUAAAUUUUAAGAGUAUAAAAAAGGAUUAAACUUAUUAGUGAAAGCACGUAUUGAGAAAAAUCAUUUAAUAUUUAUGAGAGUCAAAAAUUACAAUGUUAAACAAAAAUAAGCAUUAUCUAAGUGUGUUAUCUCGUAAAGUUACAAUAUAAUGCGCACAUAAACACUCACGUAAUAUUUGCACAUAUGCAAAGGGACACUUCUAUAAUAAUGACUGCAUACGAUUGUAGUCAUCCAUGUAGGCAAACAUACGUACAUACAUGUAUAACUCAUUAAUCCACUAUAUUAUAUAACGUAAAUGAGAAAUAGAAUAAAAAUAUUUCAUUAUCAAAACAGCUUGUACUUCUAAAUGUAUUUGCAAUGAACGUGUCAUAUAUUGUCGCUGUGCAACUACUUGGUGUAAUUUGUAUUUGUCGUCUUUGUAUUGUAUUUUAAUUAAUUAUUGUAAAUACAUAAAUUUUGAAUAUAUGCAUAUUAACAAUAUUGGAAAUCCAAAAAUUGAAACAAAAAUAGUACCAAUUAAUUUUCAUUUACUCUAAAUAAAAUGCAGGAAAAAUGUGACUACUGAAAAGUUUGCUUAUAAUUUAGAUAAUGAAAGCAAUUUGCACACCUUCAGAGUAGAAGCGAAUUUUUAGGGGAAGAUUUUCUAUCUUUAAAUAUUUGACAUUAAAAAUAUGGUAAACUAAUCACUGAACUGGAACAAUUAUUCACUUUUGGAUCUCGCAUAGUCAAUCAUAUCUAAAGAGCUCCAUUUCCAUAAUAUUUGCUAAUUGGAUUAUUUUGAUGAAUAGUAAAUUAUUUGUACCACUUCUUUCGUUGGCAUAAUAUGGAUUUGCAAAUAUUUGAAGCUAAAAAAGAAAUACAAGCUUGAAGACGACGCGAAUAUUUUAUGUAAUUCCAGAAAAAG